AUGCAAGAGGUGGAGUUAGGUUUGAUUAGAAAUGAGUCAGCCAGUCCCACAGAAGACGGCACCCAAGCUAGAAGCUAUAAAAGGGUCAGUGUCCCAAUCCAUCGACACCCUGCAAGCUGCAUCAGGCCUUAUCCUACCUGUUCCUUUGGCGAAGCAGAUGAGAAUGGCACACUGAGCAAGGAUGAGCUGAAGGAACUGCUGGAGAAGGAGUUCCGGCCAAUUCUGAAGAAUCCAGAUGACCCGGACACAGUUGACGUCAUCAUGCAUAUGCUGGAUCGAGACCACGACCGAAGGCUGGACUUCACCGAGUUCCUUCUGAUGGUGUUCAAACUGGCUUUGGCAUGCAACAAGGUCCUUGGGAAGCAGUACUGUAAAGCUUCAGGGUCAAAGAAGCACAGGCGUCACCACCCGAGAGAAAAGGGGAACAAAGGGAAGAGGAGGCGCCGAACAGAAUCAACUUCAGGCGUCCAUGGGAGUGUGGAGAGAGGCCAUAACGUAGUUCUGGGGGCCAGGGAAUGCAUAGCGGAGAUCUCCCCCAAAGGUUCCCCGAUUCACCCGGAGUCCCGUGAGGGGGAGGACAACCGCUCAGGGAGAUCUUCCCAAAGGUCUCCAGUCCACCCUGAGUCCAGUGAAGGGGAGGAGCACCCUGUAGUCUCACAGAGACAGCCAGCAUCCUCCCAGGGCCAUGGCGGACCUCAGCACAGAGACUCGGUCCAGGGACGUCAAGGGAGGUCUCCAAGGCAGGCUCAGGACAGCAGUAGACAGCCCCAGUCUGGCCAUCAACAGCCCUCUUCUUCAGGCUCGGGUCCUUCCCCAAGAAGGUCCCCGGUUCACCCCGAGUCCAGCGAGGGUGAGGAGGACUCCUUCCCCUCACAGAGAGGCUCAGGAUCCCCGUAUCCUCAUGGUGGGUCUCAGCACAGAGAGUCAGUUCAGGGACGACAUGGUGGACCUCAAAGGCAGUCCCAAGACAGCAGUCGACAGCCUCAGUCUGGCCAUCAGCAGCCCCCCUCUUCCGGCGCAGGGAGAUCUCCCCAAAGGUCCCCAGUCCACCCUGAGUCCAGUGAAGGGGAGGAGCACCCUGUAGUCUCACAGAGACAGCCAGCAUCCUCCCAGGGCCAUGGCGGACCUCAGCACAGAGACUCGGUCCAGGGACGUCAAGGGAGGUCUCCAAGGCAGGCUCAGGACAGCAGUAGACAGCCCCAGUCUGGCCAUCAACAGCCCUCUUCUUCAGGCUCGGGUCCUUCCCCAAGAAGGUCCCCGGUUCACCCCGAGUCCAGCGAGGGUGAGGAGGACUCCUUCCCCUCACAGAGAGGCUCAGGAUCCCCGUAUCCUCAUGGUGGGUCUCAGCACAGAGAGUCAGUUCAGGGACGACAUGGUGGACCUCAAAGGCAGUCCCAAGACAGCAGUCGACAGCCUCAGUCUGGCCAUCAGCAGCCCCCCUCUUCCGCGCAGGGAGAUCUCCCCAAAGGUCCCCAGUUCACCCUGAGUCCAGUGAGGGGGAGGAACACCCUGUAG